CCUCCGGAUUUCACUAGCCGUGGUAUUCAUAUACCAACCCGCACCAGGUGCAUAUUCCUGCCGUUCCCUUCAUUCUCAUCGACUAAUAAAUCCAUCCGGCUACAGCAGCAGAACAAAGAUUAAGCAGCGCCGUGUGCGAUCUUCCAGUCGGGACCCCAAAAUGUCCAAUUCAGUCCCCACCACUCCCGAGUCACGUGAACGGAGCUCGGCAGAAUCCAUCAUGUCUUAUGAAACCUCAGCUUCUUCGAUAGCGCUACCGCCGCUCCAGACAAGAGGCCCGCCGGACGACGUCGACCGACUCACUCCUUUAUACGAGGAUGAUCCCCAGUCAUUCGACCUGCUCGAGGAGCCAAAUGAAGAUGGUGCAAAAGCUUUCUCUAUGGAAACCAGGUCUGAGCAAAUGUUCUCGCGCGAACACCUGCAGGCCAUCUUCAAAGACACUUCCCUGCUCCUCAAAUUCACGACUUUCCUUGGCACCACCCGGCCUGCUUCUCUCCCGACCCUAAUCUACUACCUAGAUGCUCUCAAGGCAACGCGUGCAAUCAAUUACGCUAAUGCGAUAGCGGAAGCCCUGGAGCCACUGGACGGUCUGGAUUUCACCAACCACCCGGCUAGGCCAACCGUCAACUCUGUGCUAGAAGAAAAGGCCAAGGCAGCCUUUGAUGUCCUCGUCCGCGAGGAUCUCCCGUGUUUCAUAGCCCACACCUGGAUUCAGACCGUCAGCGUUAGCAUACGGAAGCGAAUCACCGGUGAUUUGCCCCCAGCGUUGCGGGAGGCAUCAGAAGGACUGGCAGAGGUCUUUUGCCUAUCAGAUCCCUCGAGACCAGAUAAUCCUAUAGUAUUUGCAUCAGAAGAGUUUCAUCGCACUACACAGUAUGGAGUCAAUUACGCAAUCGGUCGCAAUUGCCGCUUCCUUCAAGGGCCGAAGACGAAUCGCUCCAGCGCUGCACGUAUACGUAAAGCAAUUGAGGCUGGAAAGGAAGUUAACGAAGUGUUCCUCAACUAUCGUCGGGAUGGCUCACCAUUCAUGAAUCUCCUAAUGUGCGCUCCGCUCUUUGAUAGCCGCGGGAAACUUCGCUACUUUAUCGGCGCACAAGUCGACGUUAGUGGUCUUGUCAAAGAUUGCACUGAUCUCGAAGCGCUGCAGCGCAUAGUCGACAAAGAAGAAAGCAGUGUAGACUCAAACGGGCUUGAAGUAGUCAAAGAUGAGUUUCAAGAACUCAGCGAAAUGUUCAACGUUGCCGAGCUAGACACGGUGCGCAAGCAUGGUGGAAGAAUGCAUCGCGAGCAGGUCGAAGACGAUGACACGAGCUCCAUCACCCAUCGCCCGCGGCUCUUGCUCCGAGAUUCAGGGGGGAUGGAGUCUACGCCAGUGAGGAUGCCAUCUUCGAAAUCAGGUGGACGGUUAUCUGGAGUGUAUAAAAAUUACCUACUCAUCCGCCCUGCUCCUUCGCUUCGCAUUCUCUUCACUUCUCCAUCUCUCCGUGUGCCAGGCAUUUUGCAGUCAUCUUUCCUGUCUCGUAUCGGUGGCUCUCCACGCGUUCGCGAAUCUCUCGCUAUUGCCCUUUCCGACGGUUCUCGCGGCGUCACUGCCAAGAUUCGAUGGCUCACUACUCCCAUUUCCAACUCAUCUGAGGCCUCUGAUGAAGGCCGCAGCAGAUGGAUCCACUGCACGCCGCUGCUUGGCGCAGGUGGGCGCGUAGGCGUGUGGAUGGUCGUACUCGUCGACGACGAGGGCGAAAGUGGGCGCGUGAGGAAAUUCCGCGAGGCACCGCCUGUGCCGAAGGAGAUCAGAAGACUAGGUGGUAGGAAUGAUUACGAGAGCAACGGGCCCAACGUUGAAGGGUAUGGUGAUGAGUUGUUCGGGGAAGUUGCAAGUGUGGAAAGGGAUGCAAGGAGGCGUGGUAGGAUCAUCCCGACUUCACCCACCACACCGACGAGCAACGGGUUUGCGUCACAUAUGCCUUUCGACGCAAACAUGCGGCCCGGGAGCUCGAUGAGUGCGCAGCGUGCGGCGAGUCCCGGGUACGGGUCAGGCUGGGAGAGGCGGCCGAACACGGGGAGUGCGGAGGGGAGUAUUGCGUCUUUUGCGCUUACGUGAGGGAUGGAGGGAGAUGAAGUGAGAUAUAAGCAACGGUUUGUGCAACACUUCGGAUGAAGCACGUUUGUUUGGUAUGAAGGGGAGGUACUGUAUUGGCGGCUAUAUACCCACGGCUGGAAGGGAGUACAUUUGGAUUUGGUAUAACAUUGAACCAUAUAUCGGUGGACUAGACGUAUUUCUAGAUGGCUACCAGAAUAUCAUACGCACACUCGCUUCAGAGGUCAAC